AAUAACGCGGGCUAGUCCCCCUCCGCCCGAGGAGAGGGAAACACGGCUCAAGUCCGGGUGCUGUCUGCUUUCAGACGGACGCACGAGACCACCUUGCCGUUCGCGUCUCCGUAAGGCGAGGAGCAGACAAAAACAUAAGAACACGGUACACCCAAGACAUCAAAGGAAACAACGGAGACGUCAUCCGGACACGAAGCUAGAAGUACUCCCUCCUCCUCGCGACAGCUCUUCUUUCUAUCGCCCCGUUCACCCCCUCCCCUCAAGAGGACGACCACCCAUAGAACACCCUGCUGGACCAGCUUCGUCAAUAAGCGAUGCACCUUGUACUUCUAAAGAAAUCGACAACGACGUUUUUCAUAUUUUUAUGACAGCCAUUGUCCUUCAUCGCUGCGUUGACUCAACGUUAUUAAGACUACGGACGCUUUUUCAAGUAUUGACACUAUUAGGCUAACGGGUUUCAGGGCUGAGGAAAAUCUCAUCCCUUGAAGCGAACAUCAGUUAGGCGGUUUGCUGUUGGGUUAGUUCUGUCUUGCUCGAUUUCGGCGGCUUUUCAAAUCUUUUUGAAGUCUUUUUCAAAUGUUUUAAGCUUCCGAACAGUUUUCUCAUUUCUUCUCACUCUGCUUAAUUCAUAACGACAAUGGUCUGACAGUCGACCGCUAUAGACAAUGCUACAUUUCUAAGCUAACGCUGACAGUGUCAGUAUUCUCUCGCACUGAAACAGUGCGGCUCGUAUUAAAACGGGACGCUUUUACUACAGAAAGGAAUUCGAGAAAACGUUCUGAGUGAAAAGUUUCGGGAGGAGAGGAGUGCUUUCAAGUCGGAGCCAUCUCGGCCAUAUCCACAAGAUUUCUUCAAAGUAGGUUGGAGGCCCUGGGCCGCAGCUAUGCUCUCCUUGGACGAGCCAUUGGACCUGAAGCUGCCCCGGGGGCGUGCAAAUGGGCGGGACAGGAGCUCCAGGUCACCACCCACUCUCACCCCAUCUCCAGUACAUGCUAAGAAGGCUGGGCAGCUGCGAAUGGCUGAUGAUGGAACAGCUGUCAUUGUUCCAGCCUCUCCUGCCUCCCCUCACACAGGUAUUCCCAUGGUGCCCCAGGAGAAGCCUGAACCCCCCACGCCCCCCGCAGUGGACCUCAGCAUGUCCCCUUCCUCACGCCACACUGUGUGCUCCACUGAGCUUACUAAUGGAAAUGGCUCUUCCCACAUCUUUCCAGGAGACUCGGGUCAUAUCCGUUAUGUCGAAGGAGGGGCUUCCUCUCAAGCCUUUCAGUUUUUUGUACCAAUUGGUGGUGGGGGAGGGCUCCACCUACCAUCCAUGUUUAUUGGCCAGCCCAAGGACAAGCGAGCCUCUCCUGAUUUAUCAGCAGAUGAACAGCUGUCUUGUCGUUGGAGGAAGUGUCAUUUGCUUUUCGACACUUUACAAGACCUGGUGGACCAUGUCAAUGACUUCCAUGUCAAGCCUGAAAAGGAUUCUGGGUAUUGUUGCCAUUGGGAGGGCUGUGCACGCAAAGGGCGGGGCUUUAAUGCAAGGUACAAGAUGUUGAUCCACAUUCGCACGCACACCAACGAGAAGCCCCACCGUUGUCCUACUUGCAAUAAGAGCUUCUCACGCCUGGAGAACCUCAAGAUCCACAAUCGUUCACACACAGGAGAGAAGCCCUACAUUUGCCCCUAUGAAGGCUGCAACAAACGCUAUUCCAACUCUAGCGACCGCUUCAAGCAUACACGCACCCACUACGUGGACAAGCCCUACUAUUGCAAAAUGGUGGGUUGCCUGAAGCGAUACACAGACCCCAGCUCUCUGCGGAAGCACAUCAAGGCCCAUGGGCAUUUUGUGGCCCAAGAGCAGUCGGGUUCUGGCAGAGUGGGUUCCCUGGUGAAAUCAGCCCAGAUUGCAGGAGCAGGGAAAGAAUCUGAGCUGACCUACGUCAGCGGAGCCCACAUCAUCAUUCCGAGUGCUGCAGCUGCUCUCCUAGGUGGCCACAGCUUACAAGGCCUAGGGGCUUCCUUGCCACUGUCACCUCUCAGCCCUCAGCCUUUAGACUUGAGCACUCUUGGGAGCCCCAGCUCCCCUCCAGCUGGUCUUGCUGGAACCCCAAUCCUGUCUUUCAACGGCUCACCACUUGGCCUGGCCAAGUCACCCCUGCUGUCUCCUGCAUUCUCAUCCUCAGCCCUGGGCUUGCCUAUGGUGCCUGUGCUGGGCUCGGACCGCGGAGGGCACAGCAAGGGCAGAGGCAGGGGUGAGGAGGGAGAUGAUGAGAGGCCUGGGGGCGUGCUUAACCUCUCCACAGGAGCAUCUCAUGAUCCUCUGUCUUGGGUGGUCAUCCCUUCGGGCCCAGUUGUGCUGAAGCCAGCUGUGGUCAACUGAUUCCCUCUGCAUUCCAGAGGAGGGGGAGGCACAGGUGUCAGAGGUAACUGUGGAACUACUGCAACUAGUACCACCUGCUGGACAUUCGUUUUACUGCACCCUACUAGUCAGAGCUUUUUUUUCUUUUACUAUUUAAGCAUCAUGUGGCAAAAUGGAAGCCCUUUAAUUGACACAGCACAAUGUUUUUGUGUUAAAAGCGACCCUUUUCAGACGCCGCUGUUGAAAGCAGUCACCAGUGUGUUACAUAUAUAGACACAAAAGAACAUGCACGCACACAUAGAAUGGUGGGUGCAACAAACCAUUUCAUCAAUGCAGUAUUCACCGCACAAUUUUACCCAUAUCAAGGGAAAUGCACGGUGCCAAAAAGUCUGUCCAGAGGACUUAAAUACAGAUAGUUAUCUGAAAAAAAUAUAUAUUUCUCUUUUACAAUGUAGUCAGAUGUUUGUUUACAUAAACUUAAAUCCAAUUUUAAGAGUGUAGACUUCUCUUCACCUAAAAUCAGAUGUCUCUCCUCAGGACAAGCAUUCCAUUUUUUGACAGAGUUUUAGAACAUUCCUUAUUGGCUGGAGUCACUGGCUGCCAUUAAGGCUUUCAAGAUACCAGAAAUGGACAGUUGUUACAUUAUCAAACAUUCCAACUGACUUGUAUUUCUUCCUCCUGUACUUGUACUCACAACUUUUGUCCCAGCUCAGUCUUAUAAUUCCAGAAUGGUUACAUUACAUUUGAGAAAACUACAGUUAUUUAUGUUUGUUAUAUUAUUUGGACGAAACAUUUUCUGAUGUUGACGUUGCUUUGUCAUAGUCUCUACUAUCGCUGCUUUGCAUUCAGCUUUUUGUCACAGAUGAGUUAGGAUGGAGGGAUGAAAAUUAGGCAUGAAGAGAGGGAUGGUCCUUUCAUUGGGUCGUGCAAAGUUAUAACAAGUGGUUUGACUUGAAUGACCCAAUUCCCAUAGAGUUUCAUGUCAAGCCCACAUGAGUAGGCCAAUGGUCCAGGAGGCUGUCUGUAAUAGUUGAUUAAGGACACUUCUCAGUGUCUCUUCCCACCAGUGAUGUCAGCGAUAAGAUUAACAUUUCAGCACAAACCUCAGUGUUCCUAAAACCAGGACAUAUGCUAACUGAAGACCCUUCACCAGACUGAAGUUAUCAGUGCCGUAGCCGAAAGUCACCUACCUUUUUCCUUUUUAAAGCAGUUCUAAAAACUGACCGUGGCAGCUGCCUGCACAUGUGCCUGACUUAGAAACUAAGUCACUGAACCUUUCAUGCCUCCAUUUUUUGUUCACAGAUUAAAGAAAAACAAUGCUGCUUUACACAAAGCUUACCAGACAAAGGAAACACAUUCGCAAACACCAUAAACAUACAGUCCCUUCAGUGUGUUUCAGGUAUUGCUGAGCAGAGAAGUUGUCUCCACGACCCAGCCAUGUCCUGCAUUCUUACAAUCAUGAUUAAUACUGUUCUCGCAGUUCAUCCAAGGCCAUGACCCCUGGUAGUGUGUCAGUGAUGCAAGAUGAUGUUAUUAGGGACCAUUCCUAUGUUACCACUCAAAGACUUCAGGAUUCUUUUCUACCCUCCACCCUUGUUUCCUCUCUGUGUCACUCAGAGGCCGGUCCAUGCCUGUCAUUUGAGAAAGUUGAUAAUGACACAGACCCUUCAGGGUCUACAUCAUUCAAAUAUUAAAUAAGCUGUUUGAUUCAUUAACCCUUUGAGCACUCUGGAGAAGCCUACACUAGGGAAAAUAAGCUUUGAUGAAGCGAUUACGGACAUGGUUGUUAAUAUACAUUAGCAAUAAUCAAAAUGGCUUGGACAGUGUUAUAGUUAUGCAGUGAAUAUUUUAUUUACAAUUUUUGACGCAGUAACCAUCUUUGCAAUCCUGUCAGUUUUAGACUUGACCAAGAGGCAGCCCAUAUACGGUACAAUAAGCAUCACUGUAACUAAGUGGUCAUCUAAGAACACUAAAGUGACAAGACAAUGUAGAGUGAUGUCCCUUUUAAAGACUGAAAAUGCAACCAAAUAAAAACAAAACAGUUUAAGUGCCACAGUGGUGCACAAAGGGUUAAUGCACGACUAUGGCCAGGAAAGGCCGGUAUCCAGUUUCUUUUCUUUUUGCACAUUGAAAUAUUUUAAUGUCAGUAUUUUCUUUUUUUUCCAAGUGCCUUUAUUGUAGGUGAAAUGUAGAAGUAAAAAUACAGUAUAUGAAAAAUAAAUAUAUAUAAAUAUAUAUAUAUAUAUAUUUUCUCAGCAUCAUGUUCUGAAGCCGAACAUGCAGAAUAUCAGAGUUGUAAAAGUCUCCAAUUGGUACAACAUAGGUGUUUGUGCUCCUGUUUUAGAGGAAUUUUAUUACGAUAUUGAUAAUGACAUCAAUGAAAACAAAUGUUUAAUAAAGUUGCAUUUGAUAUAUUGAA